ACGGCUCCACCCGUCCCCCCUUCAUUCUCUCUCUUUCUUUUAUUUUAAAUUUUUAUUUCUCUUCUUUUUCCAUUUUUAUAUCCCAAAAAAGCCGCCACGAAUGCUUAACGCUUCUCCAGUUUUUCUACACGGAAAUCUAAAGUACCCCUACAUAUCUGAUCCCGCGAUUCUCUGAUUUAGCAUUUCCUUUCCUUUUCUAUUCUUUUUUUUUUUAAAUAUAAAUAAGAGAUCUUUAGAGUAUAGGAGGCUUUUUCUUCCAAGUUCUUUUGCAUUUAUUUAUUUUUCUUUCUCUUUUGUUGAUCGCAUGAAUUUGGGAAAGGACAUUAUUGGAGUGGAAAUUUGAAUUUUGAUUAGUCAACAUGGUUACUGGAAACUUAUUUCAUUCUAAAAAGAAUUCAUGGCCGCCUGAAGAAUAUGUCAGCCGUAAUACUUUACAAUUGUUUAAUUUUGAUAGUGCUGCCCCACCAAAACAAGCUUGGAGAAGAAGGUUAAACAGCCAUGCUAAUAUUCUUAAAGAAUUCAGUGUUACAUUUAUGGAAGCAAUACAGAUGGUGCGAUUAGGCAUACGUCUAUGGUCCUAUGUCAGGGAAGAGGCUUCUCAUGGAAGGAAAGCACCCAUUGACCCUUUCACCCGAGAAAGUUGUAAGCCAUCUGCAUCUCAAGGAGUUCCACUGGGAGGGAUGGGGAGUGGCAGUAUAUCCAGGGGUUUCAGAGGUGAGUUCAGGCAAUGGCAAAUUGUCCCUGGAACUUGCAACAUUUCACCUGUUAUGGCUAAUCAAUUUUCUAUAUUUAUAUCUCGCGAUGGAGGGAAUAAGAAGUACGCAUCAGUUUUGGCUCCCGGACAGCAUGAAGGACUAGGCAAAACUAGUGAUGAGGGUAUUUCUUCAUGGGGAUGGAAUCUGAAUGGUCAGCAUUCUACAUACCAUGCUUUGUUUCCUAGAGCAUGGACAAUAUAUGAUGGUGAACCAGAUCCAGACCUAAAAGUGUCCUGUCGACAGAUAUCACCUUUUGUGCCACAUGAUUAUAGGGACAGCAGUCUUCCAUCAGCUGUUUUUGUCUACACAUUGGUGAAUACUGGAAAAGAAAGGGCAAAAGUCAGCUUACUCUUCACAUGGGCGAAUUCAAUUGGUGGAAUUUCACACUUAUCAGGAGAUCAUGUCAAUGAACCAUUCAUAGGUGAAGAUGGAGUUUCCGGUGUACUUCUUCAUCACAAGACUGCUAAGGGGAACCCUCCUGUCACUUUUGCGGUUGCUGCAUCUGAAACACAGAAUGUCAAUGUAACAAUUCUACCUUGUUUUGGUCUUACUGAAGGAAGUUUUAUAACAGCAAGGAAGAUGUGGGGAAAAAUGAUGCAGGAUGGACAAUUUGAUCGUGAAAAUUUCAAUAUUGGACCAAGCAUGCCUUCAUCACCUGGAGAGACAUUGUGUGCUGCAGUUUCAGCCUCUGCUUGGGUGGAGCCUUAUGGAAAGUGCACCAUUGCAUUUGCUCUUGCUUGGUCUUCUCCAAAAAUAAAGUUUUCAAAAGGGAGCUCAUACUAUCGGAGAUACACAAAAUUCUAUGGCACAUCUGAAAGAGCAGCUGUGGACUUGGUUCAUGAUGCACUAACAAAUUACAAGCAUUGGGAAGAAGAGAUUGAGAAAUGGCAAAGCCCAAUCCUUGAGGAUAUAAGGCUGCCAGAAUGGUAUAAAUUCACUCUGUUUAAUGAACUCUACUUCUUGGUUGCUGGUGGAACUGUUUGGAUAGAUUCUUCCUCGCCAUCUGCAGAUGUGAAAAGUGAUCAAGAUCCACCAAUAAAAGUAGAAAGCAAAAAUAUAAAAGUAACUGAAGCUGAAAUGAAUUGUAGGCAUAGUACUGGGUUUGAACAUACUAGUACAAGUGGUUGCAACAGUUCAACCGGUGUUGGGUUAAAACAGAAUGGCAAUUCAACUAUUCCCAGGAAAAAGCGAAGCAGCAAGCACUUCUCGCAUCACUUGAAAACGGAGGAUCAACUUGAUGGCAAUGAAGAUGUUGGUAGGUUCCUGUACUUGGAAGGAGUUGAAUAUAUCAUGUGGUGCACUUACGAUGUACAUUUCUAUGCAUCUUUUGCCCUUCUUGAGCUUUUUCCCAAAAUUGAACUCAAUAUUCAACGUGACUUCGCCAAAGCAGUUUUAUCUGAGGAUGGAAGGAAAGUAAAGUUUCUAGCAGAGGGUAAUUACGGGAUUCGUAAGGUUAGAGGAGCUGUCCCUCAUGACCUAGGGACACAUGAUCCUUGGAAUGAAAUGAAUGCAUAUAAUAUACAUGACACAAGCAAAUGGAAGGAUCUGAAUUCCAAGUUUGUGCUUCAAGUGUACAGAGAUUUUGCUGCCACAGGAGAUAUGGCAUUUGGUAUUGAAGUUUGGCCUGCUGUACGCACUGCAAUGGAAUACAUGGAACAAUUUGAUAGAGAUGAUGAUGGCCUCAUUGAAAAUGAUGGAUUUCCAGAUCAAACAUACGAUGCUUGGACUGUUCAUGGUGUGAGUGCUUACUGUGGUUGCUUAUGGCUUGCCGCGCUCCAAGCUGCCGCUGCAAUGGCCCAGCGGCUAGGCGACAAGUUCUUUGCUGAAACAUGCAAAACCAAAUUUUUUAGUGCAAAAUCAGCAUUUGAGAAGAAACUAUGGAAUGGUUCUUAUUUCAACUAUGACAGUGGGUCUAGUAGUAAUAGUAAGUCGAUACAAGCAGACCAACUGGCAGGACAAUGGUACACAUCAUCUUCAGGCUUGGGUCCCAUCUUUGAUGAGUUCAAAACAAGAAGUUCUCUUCAGAAAAUAUUUGAUUUCAAUGUGAUGAAAAUUAAAGGAGGCAGGAUGGGUGCUGUAAACGGAAUGCAUCCGAAUGGAAACGUGGAUGAGUCUUGUAUGCAGUCACGUGAAAUAUGGACCGGUGUUACCUACGCUGUGGCAGCAAAUAUGCUUCUUGCUGGAAUGGAGGAGGAAGCAUUCACUACAGCUGAAGGUAUUUUCAUUGCAGGCUGGUCAGAAGAGGGUUUCGGAUACUGGUUCCAGACACCGGAAGGCUGGACAACCGAUGGGCAUUACCGAUCACUUAUAUACAUGAGGCCUCUUGCAAUAUGGAGCAUGCAAUGGGCAUUAUCUCCACCUAAAGCAAUUAUUGAGGCCCCUAAAAUAAAUAUGAUGGACAGAAUUGUUAUUUCUCCGGCAACAUUUUCAUUGUCUCUUCCCGAAACACGAGUUAGAAAAAUCGCAAAUAAAACAGCGUGCUUCGGGAAUUCUUCAUUGCAAUGUACAUGCUGAUCAUCAUACUCAUGGAUGUAAAAAGAAGGAAAAUGUUAAAGUUGUUUUUUGCUUGCUUUUAACCCGUUUCAGUAAAAUUUGAAGCUGUACUGGCAGGGGAAGGAGAAGCUGUGUUUACUGCUCGGGGAUAUAACAUGCAAAAAAUGAAUUUAGUCAUUCUUAGAGCAGAUAUUUUAUCCGAAUUCAGGGAGGAUUGUGUCGGAUAUAUGGGAUAUAUGUAAUUUUUCAUUAUACUAAUAGAUAUAUUAUUGUAUUUAUGUUAA